AUGGGAAGUUUCAAGAGGAAAGUUACAUGCAGUAGGAGGAAGCAAAGGAAGGCACAUUACACGGCCUCUGAUGAGGAGCGAAGGAGGAGGUGUUCAGCACGCCUGUCUAAGGAGCUGAGGGCGAAGUACGGGUUCCGGACGAUUCCUCUGGAGACUGAGGAUGUGGUAACCGUUAAAGGAGGCAAGUUUGAUGGAAAGACAGGGCCCAUCAAGCAGAUCAAGCUCAGCGAGUAUAAAGUGUAUGUUGAGGGGUGUUUUGUGACGAAGAGCAACGGAGAGAAUGCAAUGGUGCCCAUAUAUCCAUCAAAGCUGACGAUAAACGAGCUUUUCCUUGGCAAUGGAAGGAAGGAGCAACUUGAGAAGAAGAAGUCAUCAAGGGAGUAUAACAUCGAAAUACUCAGACGAAAGCAAGAGGAGAUGAUUGCUCAAAAAUAA